UUAUUAUUUAGGUUACUAUCUUUUUGCGACAUAACACUACCGAAUGUAGAGCGGAGUUAAUACUGCAUGUAGAAUGUACAUGUAGCUUUUGCGUGAAGGAUUGUUUUGGUGAUAAAAUAUGUGGUUUGAAAUAGUCUGCUCAAUCCCAGCCGCACUGGUUGCAGGAUAUUUAGGGAUCAAAGUGUUCUGUCCAUGGCUGCUGCUUGACGUACGAUACAUAUUGAAAGUAGUUCCGAAGAUUUCUGCCUUUAAUAAAACGUUGGAGAAGAAGUAUUUUAUCAUUGAACACUUUGAAGACACGGUGAAGAAAAAUCCAAAUCGACGUUUCUUGUUGUACGAAGAUAAGACGUUUACAUAUAAGGAAGCAAAUGAAUUUGCUAACAAGGUGGCAAGGACAUUCAUGUCUUUGGGACUUAAGAGGGGCGAUACGAUAGCGCUAAUGCAGUACAAUGGGCCAGAGUUUAUGUGGACGUUUCUAGGUUGCUUGAAAGUUGGUAUACGUAUGUCACUUAUCAACACAAAUUUGCGAGGAAAAGCUUUAUUACACUGUCUAACUGUGUCUGAAACCAACACGAUCGUAACUGGAAGUGAUACAGAACUGAUAUCUGCAGUAAACGACCUUCUAUCUGAUCUGCCGGAUGCUAAUGUCUAUGUGCAAGGUUCAACCAGCACCAGCCUUCCCCCGAGAUUUGUCUCUAUACAAAGCAAACUGAACAAUGCGAGUUCGAGCGAAAUUGACGUCACAUUGAGGUCAGAGCAAAAGAGCAUGGACCCAGUUUUAUAUAUCUUUACCUCUGGUACCACGGGUCUGCCUAAAGCAGCAACAAUAUCUCAUAGAAGAUCGGUGGCUGCACUUGUCAUUAGCGGAAUAUUUGGUUUACGGUCAGACGACACCGUGUUUGUCACUUUACCUUUAUAUCACUCUAACGGGCUUCUUGUUGGAGUUUGUGGUUCCAUUUGUUAUGGUGCAACAAUCGCUCUAGGCAAAAAGUUUUCUAAGAGUAAUUUUUGGAAGGAUGUUCGGCGUCACAAAGCUACCGUUUUCAACUAUAUUGGAGAAAUGUGCCGUUUUCUUCUUACAAAUGAAAAGACAGAUCAAGAUAAAGACCAUUGCGUGCGUUUAGCCCUGGGGAAUGGUUUACGGCAAGACAUAUUUGCAGAGUUCAAGCAGAGAUUUGGCCUGCCUCAUAUCGCAGAGUUUUAUGCCAGCACUGAGGGUACUACAGGGUUUGUAAAUGCCUUUAAUGUGAUUGGGUCGUGUGGUCGAUCCUCUCCUUUUCUGGAACGUGUAGUUCCCUGUGGACUGUUCGAGUGGGAUGUUGAGAAUGAAUGUUUGGUAAGGGACAAACGUGGGCACUGUAUACCAGUAAAACAAGGAGAGCCAGGUCUACUACUUACGGAAAUCACGAAAGUACAAACUUAUGAUGGAUACAAAGGGCAGAAACAACAGUCAGAAAGUAAAAAAGUCAGAAAUGUUAGAAAAGAUGGUGAUUUAUAUUUUAAUACUGGAGAUUUAAUGACAAAAGACAAGGACUACAAUCUGUAUUUCAACGAUCGCACUGGAGACACAUUUAGAUGGAAGGGCGAAAAUAUUUCUACAACGGAAGUGAGCAAUCUCCUAACUGAAGUCGAUUUCAUCAUAGACGCUUGUGUGUACGGUGUUCCCAUCCCUGGGCAUGACGGGAGAGCCGGCAUGGCAGCACUUCUGAUCCAACAGGGAACUGACAAAAUCACCGAGAAAGAGUUGUCUGAAAUUUCAUCUCAUUGUCAACGAGUUCUUCCGGGUUAUGCCACUCCGAUGUUUCUACGCAUGCAAUGGGGAGAGCUAGAUAUGACUUCAACAAUUAAACAGUCGAAAGUGAAGUUAAAACAAGAUGGGUUUGAUUAUUGGCUGGUUGGAGACCCAUUGUUUUAUUAUGAGAAAUCCACGAAAGCCUACAGAAGCAUCACUAAAGAGGCGUAUGAGGAUAUUAUGAAUCAGACAAUCGGGUUUUAAGAAACUUUUGUUGGUUUGGGUUGUGAUGUCUCAUGUAAUACUCAAGAAAUACACCGUUAUUGUCUUGACUAGUCUAUGAAAUCAGGUUGCACAUAUUUAUAUUAUCAUAUAUAUACAUGUAUAUAACUGCUCUAA